CAGCGCCGCUGACGUCAGUCCCGAAGCAAAGAGGUCGCCCCCGGCCGCGACGGGAGGGGAGGCUCUGCCGGCCUCUGGUCCUCGUUGGGGCUGUUUUUACCGGAGCGAGUCCGCACCCCCACCCCGCCGCCUGCACCUGCUCCCGCUGGCGCCGCGCGGCCCCGGGCAGCCCGCCCGUCCUUCGUGCCCGCACCCGCCGGGCCUGGCAGCGGGGCUGAAAAACCUCCCACGGGAUGUUGUAACGGCACGAGGUGCCCCAUGGGGCCCACGGUGGGGAGCGGUGCCACCGCCCGGAGCCCCGCGUGGGUCACCGGCAGGCAGCAGCCCUGCGCACGAACAGGGCAGAAACGGCCAUGGGCACAGUCAGACAAAUCCAUCCCAGCCAAAUGUGCUCCCCGCCGCCAGCAGUGGCCACCACGCGGUCACUGUCUCUGCUCCCCCCCGGCCGUGACUCAGGCCCGUGUCAGCGAUGCUGCGUGGAAGCAGUGGGGUGGGCUCCGACGAGGGCUGCUGACCUCGCUCUAGGGGUGAGGUUUGCUGUGGCCCGCAGGACGUUGUCACCAGUCUGGAGGAGCUGCGUGGAACAACCGCUGCGUGGAGGGGGCAGGAGGACACUGGCACAAAGCUCCUGCCCGUCACGCCGGGUGCACGUGCCACACCGGUGGUGCCCCUGGGGAGGCUCCACAGAAAACUGCUACCAGAAACUCCCAACCGUCUGAAACUCUCUGCCGGGCUCCCUGGAGACACAGCUGUGUCACGCUGAGCCUCCCACUCCAAGCUUCAACUGGUGUUUGUCUCACUACCCACGCCUGACACCCUGCCCCCCCACUCCCGCGCUGUGUGGAUGCCCUGGCACCAGUCCAGGAGCCACAGAGCUAGGACAGGCCCGGUCAGCCCUGGGCUGCCUCCAGUACCCACCAGCAGUGUCUUUUCCCCACGGCGAGGUGAAUUUGUUUGGGCUCGGAGCAGGACGGAGCCGUCACACCCCACCCUGAGUCACUUGGCAGAACAAACGGAUUCAAACGGGAACCUCUGGGCAGUCUCACCCGGGGCUGGCAUAAUGCCUCUGGCAGGAGAGCAGCAGCAUCCUCCUCCAUUCAUCAUCUGUCUGUCCAGGGCUGGACACCAGUGGUGAAACUGGUACCACGGGCACCAUCAGAGGGGACCACCCCAGUUCCAGCGGGAGGGAGCAGCCAUGGGCUGCCCCGGUGACCCCCCCCCGCCACGGGCUGGAGCUGCCAGAGCAGAGGAACCAACGCAGCCGGCAGGAACUGGGCACUCGCAGCACUGACCUUGCAGAGCGAUUUCACGGGCAGCCCCCGCACCCUGCUUCUGGCCGACCCCCCAGCGCAGGGCUCUGGGAGUGCGGCUCUUAACCCCCCCACCGCGGGCACCGGACCCUCGAGGGGCGAGGUGCCGAAAGACGGAGCGUGAGUCGCCGCGAGCCCCGACGCGGCUCUGCUCGGAGCUAGCUCACGAUUUGGCGGAGAAUCCCCAUAGCCACCCACGCGUGUCCUAUUUAUCCCGCACCUCUGACCGGCCCCUGCUAGGGCGGACUCGCCAUGACCUGCCCGCCGGGACCUCCCCACCGCGCCCUGCGGAGACACAGCGCGGAGGCGCUGAAGCUGAGGGCAGGAGACAAGCACUGUCUGGUUGCCCGCUCGGAAUGCUACCUGAGGCUUGGAGACACUGAAAACGCCCUGAGAGAUGCUGAAGCUUCUCUCCAAAAUGACAAAACAUUCUCCAAGGGACUUUACCAGAAAGCUGAGACCUUGUACACCAUGGGGGACUUCGAGUUUGCCUUGGUCUUUUAUCACCGAGGCCACAGGCUGCGUCCAGACCUCCAGAAGUUCGCACUGGGCAUCGAGAAAGCCCAGGAGGCCAUUGUCAACUGCAUCGGAGGUCCAUCCUCGAUCAAACUGGAGUGCAAGGACGAGCUGUGCUUUGUCAGCAGGCAGGCAGAGAGCAAAAAAGCAAAUGAGAAACCUCAAAUCAAUCUGACCAAGGAUCAGAAAUGGGCAAAGAAGCAAAAGCCUGUGAGGAAUCCAAAAACAGAGCGACAGCUUCUUGGAGAGCUUUACACAGACAAGACCUACCUGGAAGAGCUGCUCAAGGAUAAAGAUCUGAUGGAGAGCAGCACGAAGCAGGGGGGCAAAGUGGCAGAGCUGGUCCUGGGUGGCAUUUCCUACCUGGAGAGCCGCAGCGAGUUCUGGCAGCAGCAGAAGCCAAUCUACGCCCGGCUGCGGGAGCGCCAACUGCGGCGGCAGAGCUGGGCCCGGGGCAGGACAAGGAAGCCAGCAGAGGUUGGCAGAUACCUGGCAAAGACCAUGGAGGACAUCGACAUGUUGCUGGCUGGGGGCUCCCCUGAAGAAAGCUGCCAGAAAGCUGAGCGUGUGCUGAGGAGAGUGCAGAGGUGGCCAGAGCAGGAGGUGCCUAACAGGAGUGAGCUGCUUGGACGCCUGCACAGCUGCAUCGGCAGUGCCCAGCUGGAGAUGGGGCAGCUGGAGGCAGCUCUGCAGAGCCACCAAAUGGAUCUGAAAUAUGCCAGGCAGAACAAGCUGCCCGAUGCCAUGUCCAGAGCCCUCGACAACGUUGGCAGAGUUUAUGCCAGGACUGGCAAAUUCCAGCAGGCCAUUGCCACCUGGGAGAAGAAGAUUCCAAUGGCAAAAUCCAGCCUGGAGAAGGCCUGGCUGUUCCAUGAGAUCGGCCGAUGCUACCUUCAGCUGGAUAAAGCUGAAGCAGCCAAAAGUUAUGGAGAGAAGUCCCUGCAGGCAGCAGACGAAGAGGGAGAUGUCAAGUGGCAGCUCCAUGCCACUGUACUAGUGGCAGAAGCACAAGUGAAACUGAAGGAUCACUGGGCUGCCAUCCUGACCUUUGAAAGAGCACUUGAGAAGGCAAAGCUGACUGCCAACAGAGCUGCCCAGAAGGCCAUCACCACUGCCUUGGACGAGGUGAGCAAAAGUUUUGUGGAGCUGGAGGGAAGAGAAGAACUGAGAUUGAACGGGCACACAGACUGCGAUUUCGGCAGGGAAAACAGAAAAGAUGACGUCUUGGAGAAGGGCAGGGAAAGAGGAGAAAGGGAGCAACGCAGAAAGAGCCGAGGGGAUGCAAAGCACCGAGAAGAUGCCAGGAGCUGGACAGGGGAACCGGGAGCCGACAGAGAGGCGGCGAACAAAGAACCGAGGGGCGGGGGGUGGUCGCGGCGCUCAAGCCGGAUAAGGAGGCGGUAGAGGCGGAGCAGCAGUGGGGUAGAUGGGGAGCUGCCGCGGGUGUGCCGCACUCGGUUUGCGAACAAGAGCCUUUCCCGGCCCUGCCCGAGCAGCCGCUGCCUCGUACCUGCGCCCGCUCCGCGCCGGUACCGCUCAUCCGCCGGAGCUGUCCCUUGUACCAGCCCUGCUGCUACUUC